CCCGGGGACCCCGAGCGACUGAGCAAAGCGAGCCCAGGAGUGGGGGGCACCUGCUCGGGCUGCAGGGCUCCUGGGCGGGGGGACCCGCUGUGACGGGCUCAGGGCCUCUCCACGUGGGUUUUGUUGACACCUGUCGAAGUCGCCCGGCUGGGCUGGGAGCCGGGGCCCCGGGGCAGGGCUGGUUCCCGGGGUGGAGGGAGCCCUCUGGCCUCGCUCUCGUUGGCGGGGUGGGGGCAGCUGCCUACCGGGGCUCGCCCUCCGGGACAGGUGGAACGGGGCGCCUCCCCGGCCGGUGGGGUGGGCUCCGGCCAGCGGCGCUCUUGGCAGGGGGAGGAGGCUGCCGGCGGCCCAUGGCAGGUUCCUCGGGGAGGCGGAGGGAGGGAGCUGGGAGGCUGGGACAUGGGCAGGGUGCGGUCCUGGCGGUUCCCGAUCCCGGAUCUCUUCAAUUUCCCCUCUCACUCGUGCCCUGGGAGUGGAGGCAGCAGCGGCUCCGGCUCCAGCUCCAGCCCCUGCAGCCACCGCCGCCCUGACCACCAGAGCGCAAACCGCGGGGACUCCGGGCAGCCGGGCCCCGGCCCCGCAGCAGCCGCCCCGCUGCCAAAACAAACGGCCCUUCGCUAUUUAUUGGAGGCGGCCGGGCAGGAGAGCUCAGAGCGGGCGGCCAGCCACAGGCGCCGGCCAGCAGCAGCGGGGCGCACGGCAGCACCUGCCCGGCACACGGCCACCUUUACGCACUGGAUGGCGACCCCCCUGGGGCACGGCGAACGCCCCGGCCGAGCCUGAGGGGCUCCCGGGCUGAGGACCCCCCUGUCACCCGCCUCCCCGCCCCGGCGGAGCAGCCCAGCGUCCCCGCUGCCCCCGGACUUCCCUGCCAUGAAGCUGGCCCGGCUCCUGUUGCUGCUGAGCGGGUGCGCGCUGCUGCUGGCCCCGGCGGUGCGGGGGUGCGGGCCGGGCCGGGUGGUGGGCAGCCGCCGGCGGCCCCCCAGGAAGCUCAUCCCGCUGGCUUACAAGCAGUUCAGCCCCAACGUGCCCGAGAAAACCCUGGGCGCCAGCGGCAGGUACGAGGGCAAGAUCGCCCGGAACUCGGAGCGCUUUAAGGAGCUGACCCCCAACUACAACCCCGACAUCAUCUUCAAGGACGAAGAGAACACGGGAGCCGACCGCCUCAUGACCCAGCGCUGCAAGGACCGCCUGAACUCCCUGGCCAUCUCGGUGAUGAACCAGUGGCCGGGGGUGAAGCUGCGGGUGACGGAGGGCUGGGACGAGGACGGGCACCACUCGGAGGAGUCGCUGCACUACGAGGGCCGAGCCGUGGACAUCACCACCUCCGACCGGGACCGCAACAAGUACGGCCUGCUGGCGCGCCUGGCCGUGGAGGCCGGCUUCGACUGGGUCUACUACGAGUCCAAGGCCCACAUCCACUGCUCCGUCAAGUCAGAGCAUUCGGCGGCAGCGAAGACGGGCGGCUGCUUCCCUGCCCGGGCCCUGGCGACACUGGAGGGUGGGGCCAGGACCCCGCUGUGGGCACUGCGCCCGGGACAGCGGGUGCUGGCUAUGGACGAGCAGGGCCGGGCCACCUACAGUGACUUCCUGGCCUUCCUGGACAAGCAGGCGUCAGCGCCCACCACUUUCCACGUCAUCGAGACCCGGGAGCCGGCGCGUCGACUGGCCCUGACCCCUGCCCACCUGCUCUUCGUGGCCGAGAACUCCACGGUGCCUGGCCACUUCCAGGCCACCUUCGCCAGCCAUGUGCGGCCUGGCCACUACGUGCUGGUGGCAGCGGUGGGGACGAGCCUGCGGCCGGCCAGGGUGGUGGAUGUCUCCACCCAGACAGACUUUGCCUACGCCCCCCUCACCCACCACGGGACCCUGGUGGUGGACGACGUGGUGGCCUCCUGCUUUGCCCUGGUGCAGGAGCAGUGGCUGGCGCAGCUGGCGUUCUGGCCGCUCCGGCUCUACCACAGCCUGGCGGGCGGGCACAGGACCCAGACGGAGGGCGUGCACUGGUACUCGGGGCUGCUGUACCGCCUGGGCCGGCUGCUGCGGCCCCGAGAGCUUCCACCCGCUGGGGACGGCCCAGUUCGAGAGCUGAGGGCUGCCGGGGAGAGGAGGGGUGGCCGUUGGGCCGCUCUGCAGGGAAGAGGAGCCAUCCACGCUCUGAAUGCCGCCUGCCCUAGGAAGUAUGGCCGGUUGGGCCUGUGCAGGGCCCGGCCAGAGUGGGCAGGGAGCCUGGGGCACGUCCUCCCCUGGGCCUGGAUCCCAUGUGCCAGCGUGGCUGGGCGGCAGCACACGGACCCCGGCGGAGCCACCGGCCUGGGCCUGGGGGACCCGUCUCACGUCCCCAACUACCCCGGCUGCUCCGGGAGGCCUGGACCUGUGUGGCCCGGAUGCCAGUCUCCCCCCUCUGCUGCUGGCACCGGGGCUGCCCCGGCUCCCUGCCAGCCUGGGCUCUGCCAACCGGCCCAGGGCCCCGGGGCAGGGGUGCUGCAGGAGGGGGCGCCGCAGCCGGAUCUACAUGCUGCUAUUUCUGUGCGUGAUUCGCUAAUGACCAAGUUCCAAGGAAGGAGGGGCCAGGCGGGAGCCCCCCAUGCCGGGGGCGAUGGCGGGGUGGGGGGUGGGGACUGCUGCAGUAGGGGCAGGGCACGGCGUUUCGGGGCGCCCAUCCCUCCCCCGACGCCGCCAUCGCUGGCCUCAGCCUGCAGCAGGGCGGGAGGGUGGCAGAGGAGAGAUCUGAGUGCCAGAGCGGCUCCAUGCCCAGCCCGGCCUCUCAGCCACCUGCGCCCAUGGGCUGUGCUGGGCAGACACCCCCUGCCGGCAGGGCAGCCCCGUGCGCCAGGUGGAAGCAAAGUCACUGCUGAGAACAAGCCGGUGCCCCAGGGAUGGACCAUCCAAGCGGCUUCUGAGGCCGAGAGGCUGUCCAGCCAGGCUGGGGGGGUGGGGGGGGGAGUUGGGGUAUGAGUGUGAGCAGGGGAGGGGACACCGGGGGCUUGUGCCCUGGGAGUGGGUUCCUGCCCACGGUGUGCACGGUGCAUUGGCAGAGGGCAGGGCUGGGCAGGGCACGGACAGUGACUGGGUGCCAUCUGGGAAGCAGCCCCAGGGGAUGGUGCCUCUUAGCCAGAUGUGAGCAUGGGGGGGGAUGGGGUGGAGAUCCCCCCCCCAACAAAUAUUACUAAAAAUAGCCCCAGUGCUGGCUCCAACUCUGAAUUCGCCCACCUCUCCCUGCCCCCACCCCAUCUGUGCCAUUCACGCCCACAAAACCAGGUGCCCUCCCCGGCUCUGAACUGGCCCCCGCACCCCUCAGGGUAAGUCAUGGCUGCUCCCCUCGUGACAGGGAGCUCCCCCCCCCCCCCCCGCUGGCAGCACCAGCCACAGGGACCCCCCCAGCUCUAGUUAGUGGCUCAGCCGCGGGCCGUGUCCCCCUCCUGCUGCAUCAGCCCCUGUUAUUUAUUUCUCUGCUCGCUGUACCGGAGCCGUGUCCCUGUGGCAGCGGCUCGGGGGGGGGGGGGGGGGCGGGGGGGGGGCGAAAGCAGAAAUUAUUUAAGGAUUAUUGUACAGCCGGCGUUUCUGGCGCCGUGGCCGGAGCGGGCCGCGAGCCGCUUGUCUCUUCACUGGAGGGAGAUUUCCCGGGCGGGGACAAGACCAAUAAACCGAUGGACUCACGGGUG